AUGGAGUCCAUAGUAGCAGAUUCCCUGAAGGAACAACUGGAUAAGCACGACUUUUUGUUACCGAUUCAAUAUGAAUUCCGACAGAAGCGAUCCUGCGCUGCCAAAUUUGCUGAUCGCACGAGAAGAAUGGACAAAACAAUCGAUGAUGGCGAAGUGGUAGACAUUGGUUAUCUAGACUUCUCCAAAGCGUUCAAUCGGGUGGUGGUGGCCAAUUGGUUAGGUUACCAAAUUGUGACUCGAAAGUCCCGGGUUAGAACCGCUCCACCGCCGCCCGUCUAUCCUAGUUCUGUAUUUCCCCAGGCAGCUUUUGUACGGCCGUAG